CCGUCCCCCCCUCUCUGCCCAUAAAAACCUGGCGCCGCGCAACAUUUCUCUCCUUUUCUCUUCUUCUUCUUCUUCUCUCUCAACUCUCGUCUCUCGCCCCCAUCAAGCAAUCUCCGCCGUCACUCCAUUGACCAGUACUUCUGAUUCCUGUGAUACCCCUUCCGUUGCCGUCCCCCAGAUACCCUUCUUCUGCCACCCGUAAUCAUGCCUGUCCUUCCAUCUGAGCCCGAGUUCGAGCAGGCCUACAAAGAGCUGGUCUCGACCCUCGAACAAAGCACCCUCUUCGAGCAGCACCCCGAGUACAGGACCGCACUCAAGGUCGUCUCUAUCCCAGAGCGCAUCAUCCAGUUCCGCGUCGUCUGGGAGGAUGACAAGGGCCAACUCCAGAUCAACCGCGGAUACCGUGUGCAGUUCAACUCAGCCCUCGGUCCUUACAAGGGCGGUCUUCGAUUCCACCCUACCGUCAACCUCUCCAUCCUGAAGUUCCUGGGCUUUGAGCAGAUCUUCAAGAAUGCCCUGACUGGCUUGAACAUCGGUGGUGGCAAGGGAGGAGCAGAUUUCGAUCCCAAGGGCAAAUCCGACAAUGAGAUCCGGAAGUUCUGCGUCGCCUUCAUGCGCGAGUUGAGCAAGCACAUUGGCGCCGACACUGAUGUGCCCGCCGGAGAUAUCGGGGUUGGAGGACGUGAGGUUGGAUACUUGUUUGGUGCCUACCGUGCGGAGAAGAACAAGUGGGAGGGCGUGUUGACCGGUAAGGGUGAGACCUGGGGCGGUUCUCUGAUCCGACCUGAGGCUACUGGUUACGGUCUCGUCUACUACGUCGACCACAUGAUCGCCUACGCUGGCCAAGGCUCUUUCAAGGGCAAGAAGGUCGCCAUUUCCGGCUCCGGAAACGUCGCCCAGUACGCCGCCCUCAAGGCCAUCGAGCUGGGCGCCACUGUGGUCUCCCUCUCCGACUCCAAGGGUUCAUUGAUCGCCCCCGAAGGCUCGUCCUUCUCCCCUGACGACAUCAUGGAGAUUGCCUCCCUGAAGCUCAAGCACAAGGCCCUGACUGCCUUCUCCCACGGUGGCAAGUUCAAGUACAUCGACGGCGCUCGACCAUGGACCCACGUCAAGGUCGACGUUGCUCUUCCUUGUGCCACCCAGAACGAGGUCUCGAAGGAGGAGGCCGAGGCGCUGAUCGCCAGCGGCGCCAGAUUCAUUGCUGAGGGAUCGAACAUGGGAUGCACCCAAGACGCGAUUGACGUCUUCGAGGCGCACCGAAAGUCGAACGGGGGCAAGGCCAUCUGGUACGCGCCGGGCAAGGCGGCCAACGCGGGCGGUGUCGCCGUGUCCGGACUCGAGAUGGCGCAGAACUCCCAGCGCAUCUCCUGGACCAGCGAGGAGGUCGACAACAAGCUGAAGAGCAUCAUGGAGGAGGCCUUCAAGGUCGGCCUCGAGACCAGCAAGAAGUACGUCAAGGCGGCUGAGGGCGAGCUGCCGUCCCUGGUGGCCGGCUCCAAUAUUGCCGGUUUCGUCAAGGUCGCGGCCGCUAUGCACGACCUGGGUGACUGGUGGUAGAUCCGGCG